AUGUUGCUUUUCUGGGUUCCUGGGGUAAUCGGUUGGUCCCAUAGGUCUCCCUCAGGUCCUUCUCCUUCCAUAGGUGAAAGCGUGGAGGAGAACGCCAAUGUGGUGGUGCGCCUGUUGAUCCGUCGCCCUGAGUGCUUUGGCCCGGCCCUGCGUGGGGAAGGAGGCAACGGCUUGCUGGCAGCCAUAGAAGAAGCCAUCCAGAUCUCUCAGGAUCCCGCCCGGGAUGGGCCUACCGUCAAGAAAGAUCGCCGAAGGGAAUUGUUUGGGGGAGAAGAAACGCACGAGGAGUACAGGGUCCACUUGGGCAACGCCAUCAUGUCCUUCUAUGCCGCCCUCAUUGAUCUGCUGGGACGCUGCGCCCCUGAGAUGCAC